AUGACUGCGGUGCUGUGGGACAGGCACAAGCAGCACGAGAGCUCUUUUUUCCUUCUUCGCCCCCCAUCCAUCCCCUUGUCUCCUCCCAGCGUCCCUGUUCACGCUGCUGGUGGUCGUGUGGGUGGCAUGCCGCAUAUGGUCUGGUUGCGGCCGGCGCCACACUUAUCAGAUCUCCCUUCUUCCCCACACGGCCCUUCUCUCACUCUCUCUCUCUCUCUCCCAGCGUCCCUGUUCACGCUGCUGGUGGUCGUGUGGGUGGCAUGUGGCGCAGUGAUAGCAGCAUGGCUGCUCUACUGGAGGCACUCGCAGUACGAGGAUCACCGGGAGGAGGCGCUGGGAGUGUGGUGCAAGGAGCGCGCCCUCACGUUGCAGCAGCUCGUGCUGGCCCAUGCUGGGCAGAUGCAGGUGAGGUUGGAGUGGGUUGAUGCCGAACCUAGUGAGGCUGGAGUGGCCCUGCUCACCCAUGCUGGUCAGAUGCAGAUGCGUGUGGGCCGGGCAAGUGGGACAUGGGCAGGGCUGAUUCAUGUGGUGGGCAAGCCAGGGUGGGUGCGCAAGUGGGACAUGGGCGGGUGGGCAAGUGGGACAUGGGCGGGUGGGCAAGUGGGACAUGGGCGGGUGGGCAAGUGGGACAUGGGCGGGUGGGCAAGUGGGACAUGGACUCUUUCAGGUGUGAUUUCUGUGAUGGGCAAACCGGGGCAAGGGAGCAAGUGGGGCAUGGGCAGGUGUUUGAACGGCAGCAUGUGGGUGUCUUAUCUCACUCGCACCGCACCAACUCGCCCGGGGAACACUGGUGCGGUCGCAUGUGCGCUGGUGCGCGAUGCAGAGAGGCCGGCCUUUGAAAAGCAGUACGGCAGCAUCAGAGACAACACUUUGAUCGUCAGCGCCCGCCGCCCCAUCUACUGCCCCGAGGUCCUCGAGCUCACAAUACUCUACGCCUUUCCCUUCUCACCUGACCCCUCCCACUCACGCAUGCCGGCCUUUGAAAAGCAGUACGGCAGCAUCAGAGACAACACGCUGAUCGUCAGCGCACGCCGCCCCAUCUACUGCCCGAAGAUUCUAGAGCUCACAACGCUCUAUGCAACCAACGGCCCCAGCAACAUUGACAUGUUCCAACGAUACUACUCUCUGAUCCCGCUUGUGCUAGAAGGCCGGCACUUCUACUCCUGGCCCUACGCCCUCGCCAAUCCACUCACUCAUGCCGGAUUCGGUGUCGCCUUUCCUCUCCGCCGCAGCCUUCCCACUAACCACUCAAGCCAAUCAGCAAAGGGACCAGUGUACGGGUCACUGGCUGCAUCUUUUGAUGUGACUUACAUCGCACAGAAGGUCCUACAGGAGCUAUAUGAAGCUGACCCAUCCAAGUCCUUUGAGCUAUACGACAUCACCGACCCAGCCUCGCUCUUUGCCAUCGUCUCUCCAGUCCCCCCCCAUGCCUAUUUCCGCCCCGACGACAAGCUCCCCUACAUGCACCCCUCUCCCAACUCUGAAACCCGCCCCUGGGAGCAUCGAGCAGUGGUGCCUCUAGAGGAGAUGGGAGCGGGCGUGCGCAGAUAUGAGGUCUGGUGCAGGCACACACAGCCCCCCAGCACGUGGCAAUCGUGGGGCAUCCCCAUCCUCAUCGCCCUCUUCGCCCUCCUCCUCGUGUUGCUCGUGCUGCUGGCGGCAUGUCUGCAGCGUGCUAAGUUCCUGCAGACCCAGCAGCAGAUGGCGGAAGCUGAUAGGCUGAGACGGGAGGCAGGUGAAGCAGAGGCAUCGAAGAGCAUGUUUGUAGCGUUCAUGUCUCAUGAGCUGCGGGCGCCCAUGGUUGGAAUCAUAGGCAUGGGCUUCCUCCUGCUGCCAGACUUGCUCAUGCCCCCCCCCCUCUCCCUCCCUCCUUCCCUCCUCCCCUCCUUCCCCCCCUCCCUCCUUCCCUCCUCCCCUCCUUCCCCCCCUCCCUCCUUCCCUCCUCCCCUCCUUCCCUUCCUCCCUCCUUCCCUCCUCCCCUCCUUCCCCCCCUCCCUCCUUCCCUCCUCCCCUCCUUCCCCCCCUCCCUCCUUCCCUCCUCCCCUCCUUCCCCCCCUCCCUCCUUCCCUCCUCCCCUCCUUCCCCCCUUCCCUCCUUCCCUCCUCCCCUCCUUCCCCCCCUCCCUCCUUCCCUCCUUCCCUCCUUCCCUCCCUCCCUCCCUCCCUCCCUCCCUCCCUCCCUCCCUCCCUCCCUCCCUCCCUCCCUCCCUCCCUCCCUCCCUCCCUCCCUCCCUCCCUCCCUCCCUCCCUCUCGCUCUAG